UUUCGUUGCAUUCGCCGCAUUGCCACCCAGUGAUAUAUGUUGCUUACCUCUGCUCCAGGAGUUGUGGAUGGGCGCGGUUGGAGGCUGGUCGGGUGUGUGUCUGGUGAUUUGCGUGUUUUAUAUCAGUGUGAUGCGAUGGUUUAAAGCGUCGCAGUUCUGACAGGUGUGCAGAAAUCUUUUAAAUAUGCCUGCUAAAGCGCAUCAAAGCAUCAGAGACUUCUUAUGGAACAGUGAAGAGAAGAAGUUCCUGGGAAGGACGGGCAGUAGCUGGUUGAAGAUUGGCAUAUUCUACGUUAUAUUCUACGCAUGUCUGUUAGCCUUCUGGACGUUAUGCCUGGUGAUCUUCUUACAAACACUGAACUUGCGGGAACCCAAGUGGACCACCAAAACGGGAAGCUUAAUUGGAGACAACCCAGGACUGGGCUUCCGGCCACGGCCACCCACCAAGUCCAUUGAGAGCACGCUCAUCUGGUUCAAUCAGGGCAAAGGCGAGAACUGGGGACACUGGGUCACGGAGCUGACCAACGUCACCGAAUCGUACCGAUUCGUGGACCCAAACGCUGGCGCCCAGCUGACCACGUGCAACUACGACAAGCAAGCUGGCAAGAACCAGUUCUGCGAGUUCAAGAUCGACGAGCUCGGCGGUCGCUGUACCAAGGAGCGCCGCUUCGGCUACGAGGAGGGCCGUCCGUGCAUCAUUGUAAAACUCAACAAGAUCUACAACUGGGUGCCGGACUUCUACACGAGCGUGGCCGAGCUGCCGAAGAAAAUGCCGAAAACUGUGCGUGACCGGAUCGCCCGCGACUUCACCAACUCCUCCUCCCAUAUCACCAAGAAGAACGUCUGGAUUACCUGCGAGGGCGAGAACCCUGCCGACGUGGAGAACAUCGGCCUGGUCAACUACUACCCGCACCCGGGCAUGCCCUCCUUCUACUACCCGUUCACCAAUGUGCAGGGCUACCAGAGCCCGCUGGUGGCCGUCGAGUUCAGCGACGUCAAGUCCGGAGUGCUCAUCAACAUCGAGUGCAAGGCCUGGGCCAAGAACAUCAAGCACGACCGGAAGGAGCGCCGCGGCUCGGUCCACUUCGAGCUGAUGGUCGACUAGGCGGAACCGGCCGCGGCCCGUAGUAUCUUCUUAGAUGGCGGGCGGUACCUGGGUGCCAGACACCGGACGCCGGGAGCCGGGAGCCGGGAGCCGGGAGCCGGAGCCGGGAGCUGGGAGCCGGGCGCGGCCGAGACGCCCCUAACAGUGAGCACCGCCGGAACCUCAGCGGGUCGGCGAGGGCGUUGGCCCAGGCCGCUUACAAAGAAGUAUUGCGCAAUCUCAGCAUGACUAGUGAGUCUGAUCUCUGUGUUGUGCGCGAGAGUGAGAGCAAGAAAAUUCCUGGUACGUCCGGGAUUAGUCGCUUGGUGGGGCGUCACGAGUUCCCCGGAUUUUAUUUGCGGACGGUGUGUUUUACUGUUUUGAUCGUUUGUUUACUGUCCGAACUGCCUGUCGAAUGUAUGCGGUAGUGCCCGUCAAGUCGGUAAAAUCGCUUGCUCAAUACGUUCACAUUCACAGUCACAAUGCAAGCACAUGCACACGUUGUCACCCCGAGACAGCUACCAUGCAGCUACGGUUGGUCAGUCGUCCAUUGGUCUCGUUGCACACGCCAGCUGAACCACCUGCACAGGGGAGCUGCUAUCCCGCGCAAGUGGAGGAGCCAGAAUGACCGGCCGACGGCCGAGCGCCCGUUUGUUGUCCGACCUUUGAUAUAGCAGCUUCGAUGUAACCGUGUCGAGUUGUCCGGCAAUAGCCACGUUGGAGGCGCGUUCCAUGGCAGCGGCGGGGCUGCUCCUGUUCCGAUCGGUUUGUGCAAGGUAUCGCCGUUCCGUUUCGAUGCGAUGAAUAAAUCCCGCCGAGUA